CACAGCACUCCGCCCUUCCUCCUCCACCCCACCGUAGCCUCACCUGUCCGGCCCUCACGAAGCCACACGACCGGUUUAACACGUUCCACACUACAAACACUUGGCCCGUGGAAAGGAAGAGGAAAAAAAAUACAAAUAUUUUUUAAAAAGCAGCGUUGCGUUCAGGGACUGCACGGGCAGCUUUCUCGGAAUGAAGUGAAGUCAGCACUGGCCAGUUCCUCUGUUGGAGCUUCGGUGGCACCUUGCGCCUUGUCGCUACCUCUCCCGCCCUCUUCUCCCCAGCAAUCAGCAUCACCUGGGCUGGACACCUGUCUUCAAGCAACACUGAUUUCUGCCUGCAUUUAAGCCUGCCUCACCCAGAACUCCAGCGCCAGACUAUUUCGCUAUUGUUGGAUUCCUACCGUGUCUCCAGCUUCGCUGCCGGGUCCAACCACGCCGUCACGUCCUGCCACCUGGUCCCGCCUACCGUCUCCUGACUCUUCCUUGUUCCCCGGGCCAUCAUCACACCUUUGGAAAUACGGCUCAAAGACGAGUUCGCAGCCCGGGAUGAGCCCACCUCUUUGGAGGAAUUAAUUUCGCCAGGUCACUUCAUCGCCACUUGCACCCUCAAACCGAAAAGACCGUGCUCACCACAACCCAGGAGCGUCGUGGUGAAUCACCCCCAAUCCAACGGCCAGAUGGAGUGGGAGAAUGAAAGCUUGAAAUCUGCUCUUCGCUGUGUUGCUGCUUGCAAUCCCGCCUCCUGGAGCAUCUUUCUCCCAUGGGUGGAAUAUGCCCACAACUCCCACACCAGCGCCACCACAGCAUAAGCGAGAACCUUUUGAUGAGUCAAAGCUGUCUGGAAGGCUGUCAGGGCUGCUCUUAUGCGAUCAGCUGAAAAGAAUAAGCGGCUGGCAGAUCUUCUUGGCUCUCCCGCGCCUGAAUAAAAGGUGCCGGCCGUGUGUCAGAAUAGCUCCAGCGUUCAACAUGUUGAGUAACAAGUAUCCUCAGGUUGUCUUCCUUGAAGUUGAUGUACAUGUCUGUCCGGCAACAAAGGCAGCCAACAACAUAUCAGCCACACCGACAUUCUUAUUCUUCAGGAACCGGGAUCGGCUGGACCAGUAUCAAGGGGCAGACGCUGCAGGCCUGGAGGAGAAGAUAAAGCAGUUCACAGAGAAUGAUCCAGGAAACAGCGAGGAUUCUGACAUUCCAAAGGGAUAUAUGGACCUUGUGCCUUUUGUAAACAAAGCCGGCUGCGAGUGCCUCAACGAGAGCGAUGACUGUGGCUUUGACAACUGUUUAAAUAAAGACUCCUCCUACCUGGAGUCAGACUGUGAUGAACAGUUGCUGAUAACUAUCGCCUUCAACCAGCCUGUGAAGCUCUUCUCCAUGAAACUGCAGUCCUCAGACUUUGCCCAAGCUCCUAAAGUGGUGAAGAUAUUUAUCAAUCUCCCGCGCUCUUUGGGUUUCGAUGAUGCGGAGCGAAAUGAGGCCACCCAAACUCUGGAGCUGACAGAGGAAGACUACAAAGAUGAUGGAAUCAUUCCAUUGCGCUACGUCAAGUUUCAGAAUGUGCAGAGUGUAACGUUGUUCAUCAAAUCAAACCAAGGAGAUGAAGAGACAACAAAAAUAAACUACCUGACAUUCAUUGGUACUCCAGUACAGGCCACCAACAUGAAUGAUUUCAAAAGGGUUGUGGGAAAGAAAGGAGAGAGUCACUGAGUCGGGACAAAUGGGGGAAAGAGGAGCUUGCAGAUACAUUGAAGGACUUUUCCCUUUGCCAAAGCUGCCACACUUCAAGCAGACAUUGACACACACCACAUGGACACACACACACACACACACAACGCACACACUCCUGAUUUACAGGAUUAGCAGUCUCUGGAGACUCUCAGUCUAUAAAUCAUUUGUAUUGUAAUUCAAAUUAAAAUCCCUGUAAAUAACAGUCCUUUUUCAAAGG